AUGCAGCAGAUGCAGCAACAGCAGAUGCAGCAGAUGCAGCAACAGCAGAUGCGGCAUGGGCAGCUCACGCAGACUAUGAUGAAGAAUGCGAUGAGCAGCCCCUCCGCAUCUAAAGCCGGCGGUGACUUCGGCGACGACGACGAACCAAUCGACCCGGAAAUACAGGAGCUCUGUGAUUACUUCAACAUUGAGGACCGGUGGAUCAAGCGGCUGAACGAGACGAUGAAGAAGAGGCAGGACACCAAGGCGGAAGAUAUCGAGAAGCUUUACGAGACUCUAGAGAGAGCGAGAAGUCCGACUGGCUUAUUAACCGUAAAGAUCGGUGAGAUGGAAAGCGGUCGCUUCAUUGGCAAAGUGAAGCCAGACAAAGAAGUGGAGCGACUGGCUCGAAAGUUCAAGCUCGACGACCCGGUGGCGUCCAGAUUUACAGAGCUCAUUCACCGGCGGAAGAAAGACAACGAGAUUGACCGCAUGCACAAGGAUCUCAACACCAUCGAGCAGCAUUUAAAGUACUGCAAGCGUGCCAAU